UGAAAUAUAGGCCUAAUGCUGUUGUCAGUGAUGUCAUCAUGAUAUUAAUUCCUGGAAGACGCAAGGUCGCUAUUGGAAAGGAACGACAGUCUGAUUCUACCCACAGAUCUGUGGGUUUACCUACCUCUAUGAAUCCACUCAUCUUGGGAACAGAAGUUCCGGAUGAAAGUGAAACAAAACUGAAAGUGAAACCAGUAAAUACUGUGCCUCGUGCGUUGCGUCGCAGUGUCAACGUUUUUGAACGCAACGCAAUAUGCGGGAGAAGUAGGGCUUACGAUAGUACCGCACCAGCCCAAACCUCGGAAUCGUCUGUGCUGCCCGGAGGUAACGCGACGUCACGAUGUUUUGUCUGGGCAGCCAGAGCGAGAAGAAGGCCCAGCGAGCAGCAAAAAGAAGGAGCAAGGAGAUCGACAAGCAACUGCAGAAGGACAGAAGGCUUUUCAAGGCGACACACCGGCUACUGCUGAUGGGUCCUGAGGAGUCGGGGAAGAGCACCAUUGUGAAAAAUCUCCGGAUUCUAUAUGGGGACGGCUUCAAUGAAGAGGAGAAGAAGCAGAUGGUUCAACACAUCAGAAGUAACAUCAAAGAGGCCAUAAGGACCAUAGUGAGACAUAUGAGCAAAUUAGUGCCCCCUGUGCCUGUGGCCAGUCCUGACAACCAGAGUCACAUAGAGUACAUCUCCAGCCUGCCUUGGGAGGAGGACUUUGACUUUACACCUGAGUUCUAUGAGCACACCAAGUGCCUGUGGCAGGAUUCGGGGGUUCGCGCCUGUUUCGACCGCUCCAACGAGUACCGGUGGAACCAGCUGAUCGACUGUGCACAGCAUUUCCUUGACAGGAUCGACAUUGUGAAGCAGAAUGACUACACACCCACAGACCAGGAUCUUCUGAGAUGCAGAGCUCGCACUUCUGGAAUCAAUGAGAUGGGAUUCCAAGUAGACGAAGUCUGGUUUUGUACUUACGAUGUGGAUAUGAAUGAUCCCUGGAGGAAAUGGAUCUCAUUCUCUGAUUGUGAGUACAAGUGUGGGUGUGUGUGUGUGUGUGUGUGUACAGGGUUGUCUGGUGGUCCGCCAUCUACAGCUCGAUUGGCAAAUCUAGAGGCUAUCAUAUUCGUGGUGGAUAGUAGCAGUUAUGACAUGGUCAUUCGUGAAGACAACCAGACCAACAGCCUACAGGAAGCUCUGGACCUCUUUAGGAGCAUCUGGAACAACAGGUGGCUUCGGACCUACUCAGUGAUUCUCUUCCUGAAUAAACAGGACCUGCUGGCUGAAAAAGUUUUGGCGGGAAAAUCGCGCAUAGAGGAUUACUUCCCAGAGUUCUCAAGAUAUAUUACACCCGACGAUGUGGCCCCAGAGCCAGGAGAGGAUCCGCGCGUCACAAGGGCUAAAUACUUCAUCCGUGAUGAGUUCCUGAGGAUCUCCACUGCGUCUGGUGAUGGUCGCCACUACUGCUAUCCCAUCUUCACGUGUGCGGUGGACACUGAGAAUAUCCGACACGUCUUCUGGGAUUGCAGAGACAUUAUACCGCGCAUGCACUUGCGCCAGUACGAGCUGCUGUGAUGCACACACACACACACACACACACACACCUAAGGCCUUACAAACUGCUGCAUGAGUGCUGAAAGUAGCCGUGCAAUUUGGUGCUCCAGCACCCCCUAGUGAGUUGCAAUUUGCACGUGUAAAAAAUAUCACGGCGGACACAUA